AUGAAUCUCUUCAACUAUGAAUCCCGUCCAAUCCUCUCUCUAACAACCAUCUUCGCCGCCUGGAAAGGCUUCCUCCUCUCCAUCGCUCUCGGCGCGUCCAUAGGCCCAGACUACGACACAUCAACAUCUCUCUUCUUUGACAUCAUCCACAGCUCACCAACGCCCCUAGCUACUCGUCUAACAAGAUGGGACGCGCUGUAUUUCAUGCACGAUGCAGUCAAUGGAAAAGUCUAUGAGCAGGAGUGGGCUUUUGGUAUUGGUAUGCCAGCUGCUGUGCGUGGUAUCUGCGGUUUACUAGGUCUUCGACACUGGGAACCUAUUGUUGCUAUUGCUAUUUCGCACGUUUCGCAUCUCAUUGCUGUUCUAGCACUCUAUCAACUCACUAUGGUCAUAUGCAAUGAUCGCAAGUUGGCGUAUUUGGCUUCGGUCGUACAUGUGCUUUCACCUGCUGGAUUAUUCAUAUCAGCGCCGUAUGCAGAGAGCCCCUUUGCAUGCAUGUCCUUUAUCGGCAAUCUUCUCUACGCAAUCAGUACCGAAAACAGUCCUGAUUCACUAAAACGCAACAUUUCUGUGAUCGGAGCCGGUUUAGCGUACGGAAUUUCGUGCACGCUUCGAAGCAAUGGGCUUUUUGGUGGUGUUUUGUUUGCUGUUGAGGCUGUCAAGUGCUUGUUGGCUCUUCGUGACAGCUUCACCAUUUGCAAGAUCCUGAGACUCAUUGCGCCUGUUAUCGGUGGUAUUUUGGUCGCUAUUGGUUUUGUCAUGCCGCAAGUUUUGGCUUGGAUGAGAUAUUGCAAUGGCGAUGGAGAGCAAAGAUCUUGGUGCGGACAACGUAUCCCAAGUAUCUACACAUUCGUCCAGGCAGAAUACUGGGACGUUGGCUUUCUCAAAUACUGGACUCCUAACCAAAUCCCACUCUUCCUCCUCGCAGCUCCUAUGCUCACCAUUCUCCUCAAGUCAGGAACAGAGACAAUGCGUGAACCUUCUCGAGGUCUGAGAGCCAUGAUGAUGGGCACAGAUGAACAGUCCCGAUUACUCGUGCGAACUCUUGCUGCCAUACAAACGCUGCUGGCCAUCUUGGCCAUUACCAACUACCACGUUCAAAUCAUCAGCCGCUUGUCGUCAGGAUAUCCUGUCUGGUACUGGUGGGUAGCAUCGUGUCUUGUAGAUAAGCAGAGGCAGAGUUUGGGAUACGGAGUGGUUAUGUUUAUUACCAUGUAUGCGGCUAUUCAAGGCGGACUCUUUGCGUCGUUUUUGCCUCCUGCUUAA